AUGGCCUCCCAGACCUGGUUUCCCAAGCACUUAGUCUCGCCAAACCUCAAGAUCAAGCUUGACCGGAAAGAAUGGAUAAUGAUGGAAAAGUUGAGCGAGCAUGACUUCCAGAAAGACGAAAAUGACUUGCGCGAAGGCUCCGAUCCCUCAUUCAGCUGCAUCAGACUUCGCUGCCGCUCUCGCGAUUCCGGCACCCCGGCAUUUAUGAGGAUCUACAUGCAGAUCCCACUCGCCGGCGCUGGGAUCCAGCUGCCCCAAGCCUGCUCAUUCAUCCCGGAUGAGCUCACAGUCCUCCGCACCAUGACCGAACAUGGCUGCAAACACCCCCCCCUCCUGCUAGACUGCAAGGAGGCCAGCCAAGACGAGUCCGGACUGGUCCGCGGGGGCUUCAUAACUUGGAUCGUGUACGAGAUCGUGCCGGGGGUCCGUCUGGGAGAUGUAACCGGAGCCGACAGAUUCUGGAAUCUUCGGCGAGAGGAGCGUCGGGAGAUCCAGAAGGCGCUUCCAGAAGCAUACGGUAAAAUGAUCUCCAAUGGAUUUUACCCAGCCUUCGAGGGUGCGGAUAAUCUGGUCUGGGACUCGGUUAACAAGCACCUGUACUUUGUCGGGUUUCGGCUCUGCAAUGAGGCUGUGCCCCCUUGCGAUAAAUGGCGACCAGGUCUUUACGCCGUCUUCUCGGUUGCAAAGCCACCCAGUGGGAGCCAUUGGUACCUGCCCACAUGGGAUGGAAACAUGAGGGGUUGGGAAUGGUGA